CACCAAAAGCUUCAAUUGAGCCCACCACGAACUCCUCGACUCUGUGCACAUAAUCACAAGAUGGCGGGAAGACAGCCCAGAUUCAAUCAAACCACCCUCGUCGAUACAACACCACUACCUGCAGACAUCCCGCCAGUUGCAGAAAUCGGAAGCAGUUCGGCUCCCUUAUUGUCUGCCAGUUUCUUCAUCGGAGCAAGAUGCAAGCCGUAUAAUGAUGACUUCAUGCAAUGCAAGACUGAGAGCGCCGGGAAGGGUGAAGUGGACUGCUUGAAGGAGGGAAGGAGAGUCACACGAUGCGCAACGAGCGUAAUCGAAGAUGUCAACAAGCACUGUUUGGCAGAAUUCCGGAAGCAUUGGCAAUGCCUCGAUAACAACAAUCAGCAGCUCUGGCAAUGUCGACCAGAAGAAUGGAAACUCAAUAAAUGUGUUUUUGAGAAUCUGAAACUUGAAAAGGUUAUUCCCGAUGCCCCCAAAGGCGAGACACCAGUACACCUCCGAACAAGACAAAUCUACGCGCAUAACGGGCCAUGAUCAGACAUCUCAUGCCAUAGAUGAGGUAAUGAGCUUUGAUAGCCGUGUAUUGUACAUAGGAACUGAGGCAUACUCUUUCAAUCAUUCUAUGAUCCGGCGAAGGGCUGUCAGGCACUCAGUGAUAGGACGUAUCCUCCGCGUGCUUCCGACGUCUCCUCAUUUCAGGGCCCCUCCUAUGUAUUGCCUAGAGAAGAAGAAGAAAGGUCCGC